UGUCUUUCUGCGGUUGCAGUGGAGACAAACACAGGAUGGUCUCGCUCAAUUGCCAUCGAGUAGAUGCUGUCGCAUGUGUCACAUCUCUCGGCGAUGCAGAACAACCAAGGCUCAACUGCUCACCUUCGCCGACCACCGUCACGGUGACCACUUAGAAUGCUUCUCCAUCUUGGCUGCGUCUUCGGAGAAGCAUGGAGCUUCAGCAGCCGACUUUCUCGGAUCUAGCAGCCCGCCGUCGAUGUGACUGGACAAUUGGCCGGGGUAGCGCUGAUGCGUCUAGCGGCUGUGCCCACGUCAUGCAUAUAUACUAGUACUACUUACCCUGUCUGCCACUGACCGCGACAGUCGUGUCCUCGUCCAUUGUCGCACUACUAGAUCAUGACCCACAACCCGCAUGGAAAGUCGUUCUUCAGGGAAACGAGGCGAAUGACGGAGGAGCCUCGCUCGAUGAAAUCUGCCAGCUCACCUUUCCUACUCAUGGAACCCGCCGUCCUGCGCACUCUGACGACCUCGAAGAGCACUACGGACGUCCGGGCAACACACAAUGGCCGUCCCGUGUACGAUGCGGGUGCACCGAAUGGUCCCGCGGAGCACCCUAUACGCAACUGGACUCAAACCGAUCAGGAUGAGACAGACGCACAAAGGCGGAAGGAUAUCAUGAAAGAGCUCAUGAAGUCGUGGAUGGAUCGGCUGCAGCUGAUCAGUGUCAUCACGACGUUCUUCGCUGCGACCGAGGGACAGCUACUGGUGAUCACGACACCUGCUGACGACAACUCGCCGGAAACGCGAAUCAGGGCAACUGCGAACGCGAUCUUGGCCGGUGCUCUUGUCAUUCAUCUAUGUGCAGCGAUCAUAUCCUUCCUUGCAGCAUUCUUCCUUGUGCGUUACCGUCUCAAGGAAGCUACCAAGGAAGAGAUCAAGAUCGAGACGGGCAUCACCCCAGCGUCGUCGCAUCCAGACCUCAAGACGGGUAUCUGGUCGACGAAUCCGCAUCUGGAGGAGAUGGGCCCCUUCCGCGGCGGACCUCCAACACGCCUGCUUGAGCACCUGCAUACCUUGUGUAUGUGGCUCGCUCUCGUGGGCUUCGCGCUCGCGCUGGCGGGGGCGUUGUGCUACACGUGGGCACGUCUGUCCCUGAGCGCGAGCGUCUUCGCGACUGCAUGUUUGGGAGUGGCUUGGUUUGCCGCGAUCGGCGCAGUCGUCGUCACCAUCAAGUAACUCAUCCAUGUCCUCACGCCACACGUUACGACCAGCAUUCCGCAUAUUUAUACUCCCCAUCUUACAUUACUGAUGCCAAUGCCACCUGCUAUAUAUACAUUGCUACUUCCAUCAUGACUCUGUUACUCUGAGUUGUACUAUACCGUCAUACAUACUGAAGGUUACGAUAGUACCAUAAUAGUAUAUAGUGUACUGCUCCGGCGGUUGCAGAUAGUGCCUCGUUUUCACAGCAUCGUGUAUAUGUCAUACAACUUCGCUGCUGUUACCACGCUA